AUGUAUAUCUUGGAACGAAAAAUUAAGAUAAUAGUACUUAUUAAAAUUGUUGUGUUUAUCUUUUUAACAAGGAUUUGUCAUAUUAAGAGUGAUGUAAGGCCGUUUAGCAAGUCUAUGAAUGAGCACUUCGAACUUGAUAAAAAAUCAGGAACCAGAAAUUAUCGAUUACUAGCAAAAUAUAAACAGGAUAAAUAUUCAAAUGCCUUAGGUUUAAAAGAGGAAAUGACAAAUAAUGGAAUGAAGAAAAAAAAAGAUAUAUCUAAUAAUAUGGAAGGAUACACUGGAAAAAGAAAACAUUCAAAUGGAAUUCCAUCAGAAUUUAAAGGAAACUGUAAAUCAUAUAUGAAAAAAAACAAGUGUAUGUUUGAAACAAAAAAUUAUUCCUACUUUGAAAAAAAAAUAUUCAAAGAAAUGGAUUUUAUGGAUUUUCUUAAAAACAACAAGACAAUUAGUAAUAAGUCUUACGGAAAAGUAAUACGUAAAAAAUGCGUACUACUAUUUGUUUUACCUUUAUUAAUGUUCUUUUUGUUAUCAGUACUGCCCAUAGUAGAUUUAUCGUGGGGUUUGAUAGAUGGAAAUAAAGGGUUGUGGGAUGCAAUAGGAUUUUCGAAAAUUUUGAAAGAAUGUGGAAAAAGUGGGUGGUUGAAGGCAGUAUAUGGGUCGCUGAAAGAAGCAAAAGAGUUUUGGAGAUCCAUUGGAGACGCGUCUGAAAAUAUCAGUGAAUUGAAUGUAUUAGGAAGAUUAUUUAGAAUCCUAAUAUAUGGCUUACCGUUUUUAAUAUUAGGUAUAACAUUUAUAUCAAGGAUUGUUUAUUAUCAUAAAAAAGUUAAAAAAUAUGAAAGAAUAAAGUUCAGACAAAGAUAA